CUAAAACUGUCGAGAAACAUUUCUUUUGUUUUGUCCUCCUUGCAAUGUCGCUUCCUUUCGCUAGAUCUCGCGUGUUUUAUUCGAAUAUCGAAAAAGUCGGCAACAUUGGAACGAUUAAAGGAACACUUAAAAGUGUUAGAGGGAAAAAGGGAACACGUAGGCGUCCCCGUGGAGGCGUUUUCGUCACGACCCGAUACGCCGAAGAGAAAGGAAAAAGACAUGACACUUCGACCAGACGCCUCUCGCAUCUCGCCGAUCUCGUAAAAAGCGCGCGGAUCCAAGCCAAGGAUCCUGUCAAGUAUCGAACGUAUCGCGAUCGUGGAUCAAUCGCUGAUUCGUGAUUCUCUCUGAGUGAUUCUCCCGGUCUCAUCGGCCGUUUUCUCUCCGUUUUCUCUCGAGAAACGACGUUUCUCGCCUCGAAAAACGUCGCCGUGGUGCGAGCAAUCGUCGCUUCCUCGCAGUCAGUUUUCAUUCAAGGUGUCUGUGAACAAUGCCGGAUGACACUAAGGCACUUGUUGCCUUACUGACGAUCACAACGUAAGCGGUCAGUCGUGAUCCGCGGAUCAUCGGGGAGAUAAUGAUUACAGAACAGACCUGGAGCAUGAUGCUGGACAGCGAUGUCACGAGCAUCAACGAGUCGAGCAUUUCGCCGAGGAAACAAUUAUGGAUCAAGGCGGUGAAGAAACUUACCUCCGAGAGACUGGGCCGGGAAGGACUAGCGGCGUGGGAAGAUCGGAAGUCGAACGCGGAUCCUGAGAUCGUCGCCGAGGUCAAGGAGGACGAUCAAGCGGCCGACGAAAAUAUUGAGGAUGCGGAAGCGGAAUCGGAAGGAGCUGCCGGCGAGGGAGAGGAUGUUCCCGAUGAGGAAGCUCAGACCCAACGCGAUGUCUUCAAGAAGGGAACGUUGUACAAGGGAAUAUUCUUACCCUCGCUGACCAACAGCUUUCACAACAAGCAACUGGAGACAUCCUAUCUUCUCUAUUCAAACCGACAGAGGCAGAAAUCUCUGAUUACGCUGAACAUCGUGGACCUCGGCCUGAAAAUCACGUUAACAGCGAUUUGGCUCUGGCAACGGGACCCAAGUAACGGAGGCCUCAUCGAGGGCUUGUCAUGGGCCGCGUGUUGCAUGGCUGCGAAUCUGGUGGUGUGUGUGCUCGGCUGGUGGCGUUGCUUUUCCAGCAAUCAUCUGUACUGGGCCUCGAUAUUCACUUGGUUAUUAAUAAACUCCCAAGGUUUCAUAGGUGCCGGUCUGAAUUUCACCACGCAGCAGCGGCUCAUGUGGUACAUUCUCUUCGUCGUAUAUGCACCAUACGCGAUGCUACCCCUGCCGUUACGAUGGUGCGUCCUUGCCGGCUAUGGAACGGCGCUAACACACAUGGUGGUGGCUGGCAUAAGUCUUCUGCGGAACUCCACAUAUCUGCAUGACGUCACGUGCAUCGUUCGCAUGCUGACGACGAACGUGUUGCUCUACCUGGCUGUGAACCUGGUUGGCAUGUACACCAAAUACCUGACAGACCGGGGACAACGACAAGCUUUCCUCGAGACCCAUCGUUCCACAGAGACGCGGCAGCGCACGCAGAAUGAGAACAAUCGGCAGGAGAAGCUGUUGCUCUCGGUAUUGCCUGAUUUCGUCGCCAAAGAGAUGAUCCGCGACAUCGCUCGCGAAACGGCUCGUGGGGGGACGAUAUCCUUCACGCCGAAUCAAUUCCAUCGAAUAUACAUCCAUCGCUAUGAGAACGUCAGUAUCCUGUUUGCCGACAUCAAGGGAUUCACGGCUCUCGCGAGUCAGUGCAGCGCCCAGGAGCUAGUCAAGGUGUUAAAUGAUCUCUUCGCUCGCUUCGACAAGCUCUCAGCGGAGAACCAUUGUCUGCGGAUAAAACUCCUCGGCGAUUGUUACUACUGCAUCUCCGGCCUGCCGAUCGCCAGGAGCGAUCACGCCCAUUGUUGCGUAGAGAUGGGCCUGCACAUGAUUAAGGCGAUACGGGACGUGAGAUUCACCCUGAAGGUGGACCUGAAUAUGAGGAUAGGAAUCCACAGCGGAUCGGUGCUGUGCGGAGUCUUGGGCCUGCGAAAAUGGCAGUUCGACGUGUGGUCGUAUGAUGUCACGCUUGCGAACCAUCUUGAGAGCGGAGGGAUACCAGGGAGGGUACACAUUUCUGCCGACACGCUCAAGUGCCUAAACGACGUUUACGAGGUGGAACCCGGGUACGGUAGCGAGCGGGACAAUUAUCUCAAGGAUAGGAACGUCGUGACGUACCUCAUCAAACAGGUGGAACCCCUCAAGUCUAGACGACGACACUCGUCCAAGCCGAAGGUCUGGUCGGAGGAAGAGAUCGCCGCGAGCAAGAACAAGAAGAGCUUCAAGAUAAACAAUCCACAUGCCGCGAAUAGCAACGCGGCUCCGAAUUCCGCUGUGGACGACGAUAUCGGGGUCGAUUGGACGCCUGAAAUCCCAUUCGAGAAUUUGAAUACAGCUACGUCGAUGAGUAAUUUGGAGUCCGAAUACCUUGAGGAGGAAAACGGUCAACCGGCCAAACCGAGUCACAAGGCGACUUCGACGACAUUCGAGAAGAAGAACGCUAUCGAGACCGCCAGUAACAAACGCAUGAGAUUGGCCAACAUAAAUACAUGGACUUUGCGUUAUAAUGACGAAAGCUUGGAAUCCAAGUUUGACCAAUUGCGAGAGGAUAUGUUCAAGUCCAACAUGAUUUGCUGCUUCGUUAUAUGGCUCUUUAUCGCCAUUUGCCAAGCUAUAAUCUUGUCAGACUGCAUGAUUCUUCUGAUCUCUCUGCUGGUGACCACCGUGAUCCUGGUGGCGUCGUCGAUCCUGGUGAUGGCGGAGGAGUUCAAGGGCAUGCCGACGUACCUGCAGCACACCUCGUCCAUGCUGGUGCACAACAAGAAGCACCGCACCAUCUUCAUCUGCGGCGUCAUCAGUCUGAUGGCGUUGACGUCCGUCAUCGGCGUCCUGACGUGCCCCAUCGCGAUACGCCCUUAUCCGGAAAUAAUGGUGCUCGAGCGCCAGCAGCAAACACCUCUGACGACGACCUCGGCUGCCUUAAUUCCGUCGCCGGAGAAGUUGAUCGCGACGACUACCUCGAGAUCGGGCCGGGAUCACUUCAUCCUGACGUUUUUGGAGGCCGCCCUGAGCGACGAGCCCGAGGAACGAAAGCCCGUCCCCUCUGCGGAGAACAAUACCGUGGAGGGGGGUUCCAGCAAUAUCGAGUUGAAACUAACGCGAGUGGUGAACGGCAGGGAAACCGGAAGAAGCAGGCGAGAGUUCUUCCGGUUCUACAGAUACGAGCAACACUAUGAGAAACCGGAAGCUGGGAGCCGACAUUACAGACGAGUCGCACGCAAGCGUGAAACCCAGAGAAAGAUUCUCUCCAUUGCCGACGAUGAGAAUCAAACCCACCCGUUUGAUCUUAACAAUCUCGACGAGUUCCAGGAGGCUGACUGUAUUCGACCGGAAUACAUUGUGUUCACUUGGAUCUUAUGCCUGAUCGCGCUCGCCUCAGCCCUGAAGCUAUACUAUCUGAUAAAGACGGCGUUGGCCGCGGCAAUCGUCCUGGCGUACGCAGUGCUGAUCCUCAUCGUGUGCAAAGACAUGUUUACCGAGGGGGAGAGACACGCAUCGGCGAUAUCCCUGCCGGCUCAGAUGCUGACCUUCCUGACAGUCUUCCUCGUGAUGGUCACGUAUCACGGUAGAUUGGUGGAGGUGACUUCGCGACUCGACUUCCUCUGGAAGCAGCAAGCUGAGAGGGAGUUGAGCGAUAUGAUCGAAUCGCGACACAACAAUAUGCAACUCCUGAAAAACAUCCUUCCAGAUCACGUGGCACAUCACUUUCUCACGGCAGAUCGCGCGCCGGAAGAACUCUACUCACAAUCGCGAGACAAGGUCGGCGUGAUGUUCGCCAGCGUGCCAAACUUUACAGAAUUCUAUUCUGAGGACGUCAACAAGGGAAUGGAGUGCAUUCGCUUGCUUAAUGAAAUCAUUGCUGAUUUCGACGAGCUACUGGAUGAGACGGCGUUUCAGUGCAUCGAGAAGAUAAAGACGGUCGGUGCGACUUAUAUGGCCGCAUCGGGACUAAACCCCAGCCAAACUGAUAACUGCGGCGAUGACAUGGAACACCUGUGCAGUCUGGUGGAUUAUGCGGUCGCUAUGCGCCACCGUCUCGAGGACGUCAACGUUCACUCGUUUAACAACUUCGAUCUGCGAGUGGGCAUCAGUUGCGGACCCCUCGUGGGUGGCGUGAUCGGGGCCCGCAAGCCGGUCUUCGAUAUCUGGGGCAACACCGUCAACGAGGCUUCCAGGAUGGACUCCACCGGCGUGAUGGGAAAGAUCCAAGUCCCUCACGACAUCGCCAGGUUUUUGGAGUCGAGGGGUUACCAGACGCAGAAACGCGGGCUAAUCGAGGUGAAAGGGAAGGGCACGAUGGAGACGUACUUUGUGCUGGGCAAGGCAACCCUGCAAGCAGAGGGCACCCCCAGGCAUAGGAGUACCUGUCGCAGCCUCGCCGCGGUCGUCUACGGGGUGGUUCAAGCGCGUCGCAAGCAAAUCAGGAAACAGGCUCUGCGAAGGACGUAGAUCGACGAUUUUGAUCGAAAAGUUUCGCUGUUAGAUUGAUGCAAAAGAUCCGUCUUCAUAUAUAAUAAUGGAGAACGCGAAUCUGCGAUGAUGAAGGACUAUAUAUCUCAGCAAACAUCAAAUAACAGUUAUAUAAUUGU